GUCCGUCUAUCAGAAUCCCUGCGGCUUUGCGUGAAGUCUUGAAUAGAACGUGCAAGGAUGGCUAACCCUGCUGACUUCGGCCCCCUCCCGCCUCGCUUUGCCGAGCUAAAGAAGGAGAUUGUAGGGUCGUACCCUGACUUCGAGGCUCGUGCUACGAAGGCAUGGGGCGAGAUCCUCGUUGAGCUCGACAAGGCCACGAAGGACAUCGCUGCUCAGGGCUCCGCGAACGUGCCGGAGGUCAACUUCAGCGAGCUCGGCAGUUUGACCCCGGAGCGCAAGGAGGAGAUACGCGGCAAGGGAUGCCUCGUUAUCCGCGACGUCGUAGAUGACCAAGAAGCGAGAGAAUGGCAAGCGUGGUUGCGCAGUUACGUUGCCGAGAACCCAGUUGACGGUGUCCCGGAGCAUGACAAGCAAUUCUUCCAGCUCUACUGGACGAAGUCGCAAGUCCGAGCGCGCUCUCACCCGAACAUCCUAUCAGCUACAGUAUGGCUGAACAAAUUGUAUCGUAUCAGGAACGGGGACGGAGCGAAGAUCAACGACGUCGAUCUCGAGACCCCACUCACCUACGCAGACCGGUUCCGUAUCCGUAAGCCAGGCGUGCAGUGGGAUGUGCACCCCCCGCACGUUGACGGUGGAGGCAUUGAGCGAUGGGAAGAUGAGGCCUUCCGCCACUGCUUCGAUGACAUCCUGAGCGGAAACUGGCGCGAGCAUGACCCGUAUGACCUUGAGAACCGCGUCCGUGCCAGAAGCUCGCUGUACGGCCGGCCGAACCAGGCGACCGUAUUCCGAACCUACCAGGGCUGGCUCGCGCUGAGCGAGACCGCCCCGAACGAGGGUACGCUCCAAGUGUUCCCGAACGUGAGGCUGUCGAACGCGUACAUCAUUCUACGGCCUUUCUUUGCGCUUAAGGAUGGCGCAAACCCCGACUCGUCCGACCCAGAUGACUGGCGAUUCGACUCGACGACGCCAGACUUCCACGGCAUUUACUCGUACGGCGCGUCGUUCGUCGGCCCCCGUCCGAACACCCAAACGCACCCGCACUUGAGGCUCGAGCAGACGAUGGUCCCGGUGCCGAAGGUGUAUCCGGGCGACAUGGUCUUCUGGCAUUCCGACGUCAUCCAUGCUGUGGAAAAGCAUCACACUGGUAAAGAGGACUCGACCGUGAUGUACAUCCCGGCGAUGCCAUAUACCGCGGUCAACGCCGCAUACAUCGAGAAACAGAAGGAGAGCUUCCUGCAGGGCGUCGCGCCACCUGACUUCCCGAGGAACAAGGGCGAGGCGGAAUGUGUCGGCGUUGGGAAGGCGGACGACAUCGAGAACCCCAUCGGUAAGAGGGCGAUGGGCUUCGCGAUUGAGGUCGCAUAGUAUCUAGGUCGAUGUUCGAGACGAAAUCUUGUUGUAUGUAUUACUAGACCUGUAGAAUGUGGAACAGGAUUGAAUUGCUGAUCGUACACUACGAUUUCGUGUAUAGCGAGGGUCGUCAUGCCGAGCUAUGUAUACACACUCGAGUCCGGGAAAAACAUUCUACCACCUUAGGUAAGGGAGGAACUUUCCAUCAAACGUGAGAACCACACGGUCGCCCUUAGGGUCAGGCUUGCGGUCGACCUUAACUUUGCAGUCGAUCAUGGACAUGAUACCGUCACCAAAUUUCUCAUGAAUGAGAGCCUUGAUGGGGGUGCCGUAGACAAGCACGCCCUCAAAAAGACGGUAGAGAAGAGGGUCUUGGGGAGGAAUCGGGCCGAGACCGCGGCGCGGGAACCAAUUCUCCCCGAUCUCAGCAACCAGGCUGGACGAAGGGAUAUCCAGGAAGUCCCCUAGCUUCGCAAGCUCUUCGUUCGUAGCCUUAGCCUGUCCGUAGAAGAGCGCGGCGACCCAAGCCUCGUCGUGGCCGAUGGCUUUGCCAAUGGCGUCAAAGGUCACGCCCUUCUUAGCCUUAGCCUCGAGCAAUUGAGCACAGAUUGAAGGGAGAUCGGCGUAGGGCUCCGCGUUAGAGUUGACCUUAAGAGUUUGUUGAGACAUGUCUGCGACUAGGGGGAAG